AUGGUUUCCUGGCACAGUCCAGAGGUCCAGGUGAUGAAGGAGCGACUGCGCCGGGGGACAGAGGAGGACUCCAAGUCGGUGCAGCAGUACGUGCCGGGGAUGCGGAUGGAGUUUCCACGGCCCCUUAACUCUGCCAGCCUGCACCCAACCAAGGCCCUGCUGCCAUCCAGCACAGAUCCAUCUGAGCAGCAACAAGGGGUCCCCACAGACAGGGAGGGGGCAGACCCCCGAGCUAACCUAACCACCAUGUCUGACAAGCGGUUGCAAAUCCAGAACCCCUUGUACCCAGUGACGGAGAACUCCUACAGCGCCUAUGCCGUGAUGUUCUUGUCCCUCAUUGUGUUUGCAGUGGGCAUCAUCGGAAACCUCUCCGUGAUGUGCAUCGUGUGGCACAACUACUACAUGAAGAGUGCCUGGAACUCCAUUCUGGCCAGCCUGGCUUUCUGGGACUUCCUCAUCCUCUUCUUCUGCCUGCCUGUGGUCAUCUUCAAUGAGAUCACCAAGAAGAGGCUGCUGGGGGACGUGUCCUGUCGCAUCGUGCCCUUCAUGGAGGUAUCGUCGCUGGGAGUCACCACCUUCAGCCUCUGCGCUCUGGGCAUCGACAGGUUCCAUGCAGCCACCAGCCCCCAGGCCAAUGCCCGGCCCAUCGAGCAGUGCCAGUCCAUCAUUGCCAAGCUGGCCGUCAUCUGGGUGGGCUCCAUGACGCUGUCAGUGCCAGAGAUCCUGCUCUGGCAGCUGGCACAGGACACAUCUCCCGUGUCUGGCGUGGUGACGGAGUAUUGCACCAUGAAGCCCUCAUCCAACCUGCCCGAGUCUGUCUACUCGCUAGUGCUCACCUACCAAAACGCUCGGAUGUGGUGGUACUUCGGUUGUUACUUCUGCUUGCCCAUCCUCUUCACUGUCAGCUGCCAGCUGGUGACCCGGAGGAUCAGUGGCACCGAGAAGACCGAGUGUCGAGGCACCAAGCAUAGCCAAUGCGAGCGUCACUUGAAUUGCACCAUCAUUGGACUGACCAUCAUCUAUGGGCUCUGCACCACCCCUGAGAAUGUCUGCAACAUCGUGGUAGCCUACAUGUCCCCUGACAUGUCCAAGCAGACCUUGGACUUGCUCAACCUCAUCAACCAGUUCUUCCUAUUCUUCAAGUGCUCAGUGACGCCUGUCCUGCUCCUGUGCCUCUGCAGACCUCUGGGCCAGGCUUUCAUGGACUGCUGCUGCUGCUGCUGCGAGGGCUGCAGCCCUGACUCUGCCUCCAGCGAGGACAGCGCUGACAGCAAGCUCAAAACGGAGAUGUCCUCCUCUAUCUUCUUCGACAAGCCCCGGGAGUCCCCUCCACCCCUCCUGGCCCUUGGCACACCUUGCUAA